AUGAAGUUCUCAAUCCUUGCCCAGGCUCUCAUUGCGAUUCCUGCUCUCGCCUCAGCUAUUCCUGAGCCUGUUGAAGUCGCCCAAGUUGACAAGCGUGCGAACUGCAAAUUCACUAUCCAGUGGAAGUCCAACUGGUAUGAGAAUGCAUUGAGGAGAUACCGCGUGCAACUUAUCACCGAGCCCCGAAAUGAUGAUCAUCUCGAUUUAUACUGUGGCAUCUUGGCCAAAUACACUGUUCAGCUCGAGAACCAGCAAUGCUACUGGAGAGAUGGCAUGUAUGUAGUCGACAUCAGUGAAGCCCAAGGCCCUGCCGGUCAUGACCAAUACAAGCGCCAGCACAGACUCACAUCUGAGCGCUUCAAGUCGGGAACUGGCUGUGAUAUUGUUCUGAACACUUAA